GCUAGUGAAGCAAGUGAGCUCCCCUUUGAGCAACAACCUUUUCGGUGGGAUCUUGUCAGGGAAAGAGGGUUUUUAGUUUUGAAUGCGUUACUUAGAGAGUCAUACUGAGAGGUGGGAAAGUAGUUGGUGCAACCGCGUGAUUCUGGUGGGAUUCGAUUCCUCAUUCAAUCAGUUGCUUCACUCAAAACAGAUCCAUGAUGGAUUCCACGCAGCAGUUCUGCUUGAGGUGGAACAACCACCAGAAGAACAUUGCCUCCGUGUUUGAGCGACUCCGUGAGUCCGACCUCUUCACGGAUGUCACCCUCGUGACAGCCGAUCAAAAGAGUCUCAAAUGCCACAAACUGGUGCUCUGUGCGGGAAGUGGGUUUUUAGAGGAUAUUCUCUCCAAAAAUCCAUCCGAACAUCCUACCAUUGUGUUGUCCCAGAUCCUGAACUCUGAGCUCCAACCCUUGGUGGAGUUCAUGUACAAUGGCGAAGUCGCCAUCGAGCAGAGUCGCUUACAGAUUCUGUUGGAGGCCGCCAAUAUCCUGAAAAUCAAAGGCUUAUGGGAGAGUGGAACCAACAAAGAGACCUCAAAAUCCAGCACUGACGAGGACGCAUUGGUGGCUCAAGAUAAGAAGGAUAGCACUUCCAACCGAUCCACCUCGAUUGACUCGCUCUUGAGUAGUAUGUCCACGACAUCUUCCAUUGGCGUCAAAUCACCCGCGACCAAAAUUGGGAGCCAGAAACGCAAACGGAAGAUGGGAGUCCAAGAAAACGGCAAUAAAUAUGAUGAAGAGACCAAAAUGCCAAAACUUGCCUCGCCGAGCCCAAAUCCCAUUGGCAGUAUCUACAGUCCCCUUUUUGGAGUGUCUAAUGCCUAUUUUCUGACGGAUGAUGUGACCAAGCCCAAACCCGCCUCCAAAAAAUCCCAAGUGACUGUGGAAGCUAAACUAUCCAAGGAGAAUUCAGAUAUCCAGCCGCCAAUGAAUGGCGUUCAAGAGACGAAUGCUGGAUCUCCCCCUACCCUGCCCAUUCCGGCCUUCUUGGCUCAGUUGACGUCUUUAUCACCACCGGGACUGAUAUCCCCUGACACGCCAAAUUCUGCAGACCAAAAGAGUAUCUCCCCCGGAUUAUUGUCCAGCGCACCUGUUCGACGGUACAAGAAGUAUACAGAGGAUAUGUUGCAAGAUGCCUUGAGAGACAUCAUCUCCGGGAAGUCUAUCAACAGUUCUUCGAAUAAGUUUAAUAUCCCCGCGAGGACCUUGCGGGACUGGAUGAAGCGUUUGAACAUUAAAUCUGUCUUCACACAUCAUUCCCAAAAAGAUUCGAGAUCGGCCUCGGUGACUUCGGAAGUCUCCGAGACCUCGGACGCCAGUAUGGAUUCCAAAUUGGAGAUCAAGACCGAGUCUGAUGAUGCCCACGAGGAUGGAUCGGGGACAGAUUUAAACAAAGAGAACCAGAUCAAUCGGUCGGCUUUCCCUGGGAUGCCCAACCCGGACCAAUUGUUAGAGAAUCUCCAGAACAAAUUGGCCGCCAAUGGAGCCAUCAGUCUGACCAAAACCACCUCCAUUGCCAACGAUGAGGAGGAAAUCGAUGACGUCGAGGAGGAUGAAGAGGAGAUUGAUGACGACGAGGAAGAGUCCUUAAAGAUUGUUGAGUGAGCUGCGUCCCAUUUCAAUUCGGGCAUUUUAUUAUGUGUACACCAUACGAAAUCAAAACUUGUCGUGCCAUUCCUAGAAACCCACACCCUUCCCAUCCCGUCUCUUUUACAAGCCCCAGCAUUCCCAUUUCUGUGAUUUCCCUGAAACUUUUGUACAUUCCACGAGUUCCCCAACCUCGAUUGUGCCUUUCCAACUUUCAAAAGUGUUUUCAAUGCAACAACUGCCGUUCUGUACAUACACAAGUAGAAGUAUCAUCCAACAAGUCAGACGAUCUUCCACAACGAGCAUUCCAAACGUGCCUUAAUCCAACGUGAAAAAAACUAUCAUUCCAAACUUAUGUCCAAUCCCUGAUGUUAAUUUGAGUCGAAUACAUUUAUAUGAAUAUAUAACGAACAGCUCCGAUUCAAAAGCUGUUCUCAAUGUCCAAAACA